AUGACCUACGCCCUUGUCCGCUUCACCUACCUCCGUCUGGACCCUUUUAGAAGAAGUCUGAGUUGGAGGGACAUCACUGUCACCACCUUCGCCCCUAUCGUCAUUGCCGUCCAGAUGGUCGGACUUGCCUGCUGUGACCGCGAAUACUCGGACGCCCUGGACUUUUUAAGCCGAAGCUCCUCCCUAUCUGACCAGACGGAGGUUUGGUUCUAG